ACCCUGCUGUCAAGAGGCCCCUCCCAGAGGGGUACCAAUUUCACAACUCUGGCAGUGGGUUCCACUUCUGCAAUGGAAAAUGACAUUUUCGUUUCUUUCCUGGAGGGAAAAGGAAGAGCGGUAGAACUGACGUGUGCUCGCCCAAGGCCUUCCCUGCAGAGAGAGCACACAGCUGCAGAGAUGUACCUCGGCGGUAAGCACCUGGAUUGACAUCUGGCUCAGAGGAGGGCUCUGCGAGGGUUUGUUUGUUCGUGCCUGUCAGAUACAAGCAAGCCUCUCGCGACUGUUUUUCUGUUCCUGUAAAGCAGAGGCAAACUGUCUCCAAAUGGCCUGCAGACCAUCAGGCUCCGCCCUGUAAGCUGGAUCUCAUCUAUGGAGAGGGCCCUCACAGUCCUGCAAGUGAGCCUGUACCACCCCACACCAGGCCUGGUCACCUUUGCCAAAGUCCCACUGCGGCUGCAGCAUGAUACCAGUCGGCUGCUGGUGGGACGCGGGCAGGACGCCCACAUCCAGCUGCAGCUGCCCCAGCUGUCCCGACACCAUCUGUCCUUGGAGCCCUACCUGGAGAAAGGCAGCAGCCUGCUGGCCUUCUGCCUUCAGGUGUUGUCUCGCAAGAGCUGUGUGUGGGUCAACGGGCUGCCACUGAGGUACCUGGAGCAGGUGGCCCUCGGUGCUGUCAGCAGAAUCUCCUUCUCUGGCAUCCAGAUGGUAGUCCGCAGAGACGGGGGCUCCUCCCUCGAGGCCUUUGUCUGCUGCUUCCAUUUCAGCUCGUCACCCCUGAUUUACAGACCCAAGGCCCAGGAGACGGAUGAAUGGGAAAGCGUGCUUAAGAAGGAGACUCCUCCUGUUUGUGGGGAGGCAACUCAUGAUCUCUCGGGGUCUCCCCAGGGCUCCUCCCAGACUCAGACAGCUGUUCCCAGCCAAGCCCUGGAGGAGCAACAGAAAUAAAGCUCCAGAGGGAACCCCCAGACACUGCACCCUGCCCGCCCUGCUGGCUGAGAGCAAGUCUUGCUACAACAGGGUUUGAAAUAUUUGAACUAUGUCAUGUGAGGUUGACACACAAAGUUGACAUGCAAGGCCUGCUGGCCGCCCCACUCGCAGGGAACUGAUCCUGUAAACUUUGAGCAGCCCAGGGGUGGAGAAGUGCCCUCCACGGCUCUGGGUAUUGGGAACUAUGGGAACUUCAUAUACUUUUAGAGGCCCUGAGAGGUUCUGGGGAGCCUCUCCCAUCAUCACCCCCACCCCAUUUCCUCCUUUGGCUAGGAGUCACUUUAUGUUGCUCAUUUCACAGGCUGCUUAAGAGCAGAAGCAUAGGGUUGGGGCAGGAAUGCAAGGACGCGUGGAGAAAUGACAUUUGUGGUAGCUCAGGGUUACCUUCAGCUUUCAAAUACCCACAGGCACUCAGGGCUUAGGGAAGCCUGUGUUUAAUAAACUGAAAGUAUUUCAUUAAGCUGGCACACCCAGUAGGAUUCCCUGAGUCCCAGAUGGGCCACAUGUACGCCAUGUUGUCAUGUGGAGCUGGGGGCGGGAAACCUGGGAGAGGUGUGAGAGGAAAUUGGGAAGGUCGGUAGGAGUUUUCGUUUCUAGAAAGGCUGCAUGGCAGAGCUCAAGGCUUCCGGGAGGGGAGCUAGAGACUAGGACUGCUCGGAUAUUUCUUCUCCCCUCCCUCCUUUCCCCUCCUCUUCCUUUUCUCCCUCCUCUCUUCUCCCAUCCUCUGUCACUUCUGGACCAAGGCCCUGGCUGACCAGAGGGCAAAGGUCUUCAGGAAAAGACCGUUUCCUGCAGAAGUGAGCUCUUUCAGAACUAAUUCCAUGGUUAGAGAGCAAGGUUGUGUCAGAAGUCAACCGAGUUGUCCCACUUGGAGUAAGAUGCCUGCCAGGGCUUAUCUUCCCUGAUCAGACAUGGAGGUGGGGUUGUUAAGGAGCCAGGCAGGCAAGGAUGGCAGAAUUUUCUCAGGGAGAAGGGAGCAGAGAGCUAACAGCUGCUUGCCAUUUAGAAAUAAUGUUUACUCAAGUAAGGGCAGGAGAAUCCUACAAACUCAGGUAACUACCAUAAGCCCAGACUCUGCACAAGGGCACCCAGACACUGAAGGCACAGUGCUGCUCACAAACUGACUCAUGACCCCAGCAUCUGUGACACCUCUGUCACGCACCGUUCCCCACCCUUUUGUGCCCAAGGCAAAUGAUGGGAGGCUCAGGGCUGCUUCCCAGCCCCGAAUAUCUUCCCCCUAGGGAAAAUAAUACCAGACAAGACCUAUUCACAUCUAUGCUUAGGAAGUCCCUCCUCCAACAGAAUAUGAACUGAAGACCCUUAGAUCAGAGACACAAGACAGAGGAGAGCAUGGUCUACCAGGGAGGAUGCUGGCCAUGUGGUGAAUGGCCCUCAAGACUCCCAAAGUUCCUCUCUCAUUUAGAUGAACUUUUACCAAACACCCACCUCAUGCCAAAUGUAUAUCAAGUCUCAGAAUCCAGGAAUAAACAAAGCCAAUAAAAUCUUCCUUCCAGAA